UUUAAGCCAAAUUAUUUCUAAAAUGAUCCUGACAACCUAUACAAACCUUGUAAAUCUUUGAAUGGAUUUAAAGGGCACCUAGGGCUCUAGCCAAAACCGGGAUGAGAGUGGGAAUUAAGGAUCAUGAAGAUAUCUGUCUCUUUCUAAUCCGAAAUCUACUGCCUUAUUCAAGCAGUUGCUUGUUCCCUUCAAUAAGAGCAGUUAUCUACAUAUCUAGAUUUUUGGUUUUACUAAAAAGUGAUCAUUUUCUUAUGUCUAAUGCCAACCCUCUGAUGAAUAAAUCCAGUGAAGAUCCCUCACUUCUCAAUACAAAACAAGAUAUUAGGAUAGUAAAACUGAAAAGAUUUGGAACGCUCAUUAAAGCAAAGAUUAGACAGAAUUCAGGAGAUAUACAGAUAUUUAUAGCCAAAACCAAAUAUCUAGUAGUUGGAGAAAUCUUAACCCAACCAGAGUUAUUAACAAGAGCUCAAGAGAGAAUGAUGACUUGAAGACUGCUUGAGUAGUCCAAGAAUCCCUGAGUUGGCAGGGAGCUAUAGUAAACUCUUUAUGUUCCAAGAAGUAAACGAUAGAUUCUGAAAUAAAAGAGGACUUGGAUUCGUGGGCAGGUACCUCAAGAGUUACGACCAGUUAGACAAUAAGCACCUAUAACAACCAAAAGAAGGAUCCUAAUGAAGCACUAUCCAAAAUUUUCCACAGAAAUCUCCCUAAAAGCUCUACUUGAGGAGAAGAAUGUCACAGAGACGACCUUCAAGACCAGAAAAUUUGUUUCAACCUGUAUGAAAGGAACGCUCCUGAAGCACCAAAGUAGACAAUAACUCGAAUUUGAUUAUACAGCUCGAAGCCAACUUUCAAUUU